AAGUUUACUUUGCUUCGGUGUUGGGUUCAUCAAUUGUUCUCUCUCUAUCUCUCUCUCAGGUUGAAAGUUGGGUGUCUGCGUUAUUUAUCUACCACCUAAACUAUGUUUUUCGACGGAUACCAUUACCAUGGAACCACCUUUGAGCAGACUUACCGUUGCUAUCCUGCAUCUUUUAUCGACAAGCCCCAAAUUGAAAGUGGUGACAAGAUUAUAAUGCCACCAUCAGCCCUUGACCGUCUCGCCUCUCUGCAUAUUGACUAUCCAAUGCUGUUUGAGCUUCGUAAUGCUGGAAUCGAACGUGUUACACACUGUGGAGUCCUCGAGUUCAUUGCUGAAGAAGGCAUGAUUUACAUGCCAUAUUGGAUGAUGCAGAAUCUGCUGCUGCAAGAAGGAGACAUUGUGAAAGUCAGAAACGUCACUCUUCCAAAGGGAAUCUAUGUUAAGCUACAGCCGCACACUACGGACUUCCUGGAUAUAUCUAAUCCGAAAGCCAUCUUGGAGACUGCUUUGAGGAACUACUCAUGCCUAACCACUGGGGAUAGCAUUAUGGUUCCAUACAACAAUAAGAAGUACUUUAUAGAUAUAGUUGAAACAAAGCCUGCUAAUGGAAUCAGCAUCAUAGAGACAGACUGUGAGGUUGAUUUUGCACCUCCCCUUGAUUACAAGGAGCCUGAACGUCCCAAAACAGCACCUGCUGCAGCUAAGGGUCCGGCAAAAGAGGAAGUUGUGCCUGAACCUGAGCCAAAGUUCAACCCUUUCACGGGAUCUGGAAGACGGUUAGAUGGGAGACCUCUUUCGUAUGAGCCGCCAGCUGCAUCUUCUUCCUCCUCCUUUAGCUCAAAAGAUAAACAGCCCGCUGUUGCUAAUGGGAAUGGACAGGCUUCUGUAGCAAGUAGUAGCUCUGCUCGACAGGCUCAAGGAAAGCUUGUGUUUGGGGGCAACGCAAACCGUGCUCCCAAAGAAGCUCCAAAGGUUGGAGCUGGGAAAGAGACGAAAGCAGAGGAAGAGGAGAAGAAAGAAGAGCCUAAGUUCCAAGCUUUCACUGGGAAGAAGUAUUCGUUGAGGGGUUGAUCAGUCUCUGCUCAGUUUAUUUUAUGAUCCUCUCAUGUUUUGUACUAUAUAAGUAUUCGUUGUACUUCGAAUCAAACAAGGAAAAACAAAUAAUUUAAUAAAUUAAUUGCUUGAUAUGUCGCAGGGUCUGUGAUUUGGAAAUUGAAUCAAGUCAUGUCUUCUUCU